GAGGGCGUAGGCAAUGUCAGCCGGUAGAGGAGGAAGGUGCCGAGCCAUUCGCGCACAAUUGCGAGGUCCCGACAGCAGCGCAAGCAAUGCGAGACGAGGGCUGUGAGGCGAAAAGCGACUAAAUCUAAACACCGCGGUCAAGUUUCACCUUGUAUCAGUUGUGUGAAGAGCAAUACGCCCAGCGAGCAUGUCGGUGCUGGCCCUGCAAGAGUAUGAAUUCGAGAGACAGUUCAACGAGGAGGAAGCCAUCCGAUGGAUGCAGGAGAACUGGAAGAAGUCCUUUCUCUUCUCUGCCCUCUAUGCUGCCUGUAUCUUGGGGGGACGCCAUGUUAUGAAACAAAGAGAGAAGUUUGAGUUGAGGAAACCACUGGUGCUAUGGUCGCUCACUCUUGCUGUAUUCAGUAUAUUUGGUGCCAUCCGUACUGGGAGUUAUAUGAUGUAUAUCCUGAUGACGAAAGGGCUUAAACAGUCGGUUUGCGACCAGAGCUUCUACAACGGGCCUGUCAGCAAGUUCUGGGCAUACGCCUUCGUACUUAGUAAAGCACCAGAAUUGGGUGACACUCUCUUCAUCGUCCUGCGGAAACAGAAGCUCAUCUUCCUCCACUGGUACCACCACAUCACCGUGCUGCUCUACUCAUGGUACUCCUAUAAAGACAUGGUGGCCGGAGGCGGAUGGUUCAUGACCAUGAACUACCUGGUCCACGCCGUCAUGUACUCCUACUACGCCUUGCGGGCAGCCGGCUUCAAGGUAUCGCGCAAGUUUGCCAUGUUCAUCACAUUGACCCAGAUCACCCAGAUGCUGGUGGGCUGCGUGGUCAACUACCUGGUGUACUCCUGGAUGCAGCAGGGCCAGGAGUGUCCAUCCCACGUGCAGAACAUUGUCUGGUCCUCCCUCAUGUACCUCAGCUACUUUGUGCUCUUUGUCCAGUUCUUCUUUGAGGCCUACAUCGGCAAGACCAAAUCAUCAGCCACGGCUGUCACCAAGAAGAGCCAGUAAGACAAAUGCCAUAGGUCGGGGAGGAGGGAGAUGAAGAUGAAAGGGAGCUGGAAAAGGAGAGCAGGGACCAGUGACUUGAGAGAAUCAGUAGAUGAAUGGGUGGAAGGGGAGAUGGAUGAUGGAGGGGCAGCAUGAGGGGAAUCGGGGUGGGUGGGGAAGUGGGGGCGUCAAGGAGGUGGCUGAUGUUUGUGCUUGAGCAUUACUACUAAUGUGCAGAUCCAAAAUGCCUUGAGGGAGGUGACAUCUCCAUUGAGGGGCACUGAGGAAGCAGCACCAUUAUGACGAGAAGCCGUCAGUGACAUGACCACCUGAUGUUCAAAUGCCCCCUUUUGGAUUCACCAUAAUCAAAUUUUUUAAAAGAAAAGAUAACAAUAAAAGGACAGUUGAAUUACCAGAUGAAGGAGUUACAUCUGCCAAGAGCGUCUGUUUACUUGAUUUAAAAAAAAUAAUAAUAAUAAAAAUAAACAAACAAAAAACAAACAAACAAACAAACAAAAUACAAGAACACAAGAAAUUAAUUGGUACAUAUGAAGAUGGGUGGAGUCGACGUUGGCUUGAGCCAUCCGAGUGCAUUUUUGUCUGUCUGUCUGUCUUCAGUGUUGUUUGUUGUUUUGUUUUGAUCUGUCAAAGAAAAUGUUUGACACUGGUGAGUGUGUGAAGCUGCUGAGUGUUGGUGGUUGAUGUGUACUGAUGGGGUGAACAGCACUGUAUCCUCAGUAUCUUACAUUGCAAAAUGCGAUAUUUUCUCAGGUCUUAGGGUAUCUCUUUCUUUAUAUAAUAUGCAUAUCAAGACAAAGUAGACAUGUUUAACAUCGGCACAGGUUUGCAAUAUGUUGGAAAGUCAUCCAAAAUGUCUAAAUGAAGCUGAUUGGAGGACCACACUGCACGUGGGCAUGAUGGGAAACAGAUGCUGACAGUGUCCUGCUUCACCACCUGCCAUGACCUUUCAAAAGUCGCCGACCACGCUUGGGAAAUGAGUUGCCAUCAAUUUACGAACACUUCGUCGUAUUAAAGGGUCCCUAACGGUAUAGAGGACCAGGCUGUUGGACACUGAAAGUUUAAAAGGAAGUCAAACAUGAAUAAUGUUAAGCUAAAGAGAAAAAAAAAGAAACACGCAAUUGUCAGAAUUUGCUGUAUUGACUUUAAAAAUAACCUGUAUCAUUAAUGGUGUCUGUUGUGCUAUUGUGCAUUUGCACUGUAUCAAUGUCAAAAAACAAACAAAAAAACCAAACAAAAAAAAAACCUUGCUGAAUAACUUAAUGUAUGAAGAAAGAGUGCAAAAAAAAUGUGACAAUUUG